AUGAAGCUACUUGUCAUCGCACCAGUCUUACUCGCUGUUACAUAUGCUGCGCCCGUAGCCCAGCCAGCCAAUUUCGAGGCUGAUGCUAUGCUGGCCGUUGCGCGGUCCCCAGAGUCCUCCUACGCCAACAAGCGUGGCGAGCGUGCCCAUUUCGAAGCUGAUGCAAUGCUUGCUGUGGCAAGAGCCCCAAAAUCGUCCUAUGCAGAGAAACGCGCCAAGUUCGAGGCUGAUGCGAUGCUUGCUGUUGCGAGGGACUCGGAGUCUUCGUACGCAAAGUGA